CGGAGCUGAAGGGGAAAUCAGACGUAAGCUCCUCUCUUAUGGGAUCAACCCGGACUCAGGAGGACCAUGGGGGCCGCCGAUCUUCUCUUCAUCACUCUCAACCACAGCGUGUCCUUCACGGGUAAGGCCUGGUGGAUGCUGAUGCUAGUGGUGCGCCUGCUGGUCCUGCUGCUGGCCGGGUCCACCCUCUUCAGCGACGAGCAGGAGCGCUUCAUCUGCAACACCAUCCAGCCCGGCUGCUCCAACGUCUGCUUCGACGUCUUCGCCCCUGUGUCCAUCUUCCGCCUCUGGCUCUUCCACCUUAUCCUCCUCUGCCUUCCUCACGUCAUGUUCGCCAGCUACGUCGCCCACAAGAUCCUGUCGUACCGCCACUGCGGGGCGGUCUACUUCCACGACCAGCUCCGGGGAGGGUCUCCCUUGGCCCUGGAGACUGGCUCCUCCAAGGAGCUGUCUCUGAGUAAAGCCGCCCCUGAAUGGGGAGUCCCCCGCUUCUUCUGCGCCUACCUCCUGGUGGUGGUGGUUAGAAUCCUCCUGGAGCUGGUCUUCGGGGCCGGGCAGUUCUUCCUCUUCGGGCUGUCCCUUCCGAAAAGCUUCCUGUGUUACGAGGCUCCCUGCACCUCCGGGGUGGAGUGCUACAUCUCCAGGCGGACGGAGAAGACCCUGAUGCUCUACUUCAUGCUGGGCGUCACCGCCACCUCCGUCCUGCUGAGCCUGCUGGACCUGGCCAGCUCGCUGAAGUCCAUGCUGAGGUGGAGGAAGAAGACACAGCGGCUGAUGGAGGAGAUGAGCAAAGGAGAGCAGAGCAGCGUGUUCACCACAGUGACCACUGAGGACACCGAUGUGCUCCUGACCAAGAGGACCCUCCCGACCAAGACCCUGGCCAGCGAGGAGGCUAAGGCUCCACCACACCGCCAGCUGAACGGUGGACCGGGCUUCAGGCGGUCCUUAUCAACGCCUGACAGGCGACUGCCCGAGUGCAGGCCAGACUUCUCCAGACCACCAACCCCCAUGAGCACGUUCGGAUCCCCUCAGUAUGUUCACCACAGCCCACCGAAGCCCCCGGUGUCCCCUCGCUCCGAGACGCCAGGGACACCGGCAAGUGUGAGGAGCACCAGUCAGUUCACCACCACCAAGGGUCAGCCAAGUGCCGACUCCCCGCCCGACAGGAGGGCCUGGGUGUGA